GGUGGGCGGCGUGGUUGACUAGCGGCUGCUCGAUGUGCGGGUUGCUUACGAAUUCUUAGCUUUUGGUUGACUGGGGGAAAAAGAGGAACUUGUUAACGGGUGUGGCGACAAAUAAAGCAAAAAAAAAAAAACUAAUCAUAACGAAAUCAAUCGGAGCAAGAGGAGAAGAAAAGUUGGAGACGACGAAGCUCGAUACCAAUAUAGAAGAGUUCUGAUUAGGAAAAUCUGGAGGAAAUAGAUCUGUGGAGGAGGCAGGUUAACAGUAAAUCGGACCGAUUGCCUUUGCUCUCUGGUGUCUCAUUCGGCCACUAAGCGCUGUUUCUGCGGCUGGGAUCGACGUGCCGUUGUAGCUCCAUCGCUGAUCUUCCUGUUCGUAUAUCUGCAUGCACGUAGAAAUUCUCUCAAGGAGCCUUUGCCCGGGCAACUUUUCUGGGUCUGGGCGAUACUUCGAAAGAAGUGAUAAUUAUUCCCAGGUCAGAGUAAACUAGUGAAGUGCUACUUAGCGGUUCGCGAUCACGUUUUGGCCAUAUCGUUGAAGUUUGAAUCAAUUAGAAAUAUAUUUGUUCUCCACCUGAAGGUCGAUUAAUUUAGCGUGUAAAACAGGCCGAUUUAAAGAAGGUUGAAGAUACUUUUAAGGAUUUUGCAAGACCUACGUUUUUAUCCACCUUGAUGCAACAAGGAAAUUGUCUUUGUAUUAUUUACAAAUAAACGGAUUUUCUCAUCCAUUACGGAAGACUGGUGGACUGAGGACAGCAGCUGCCCCCGAAAACAGCAAAGACAAAAGUGCAUUUUAAUUCGAAAUAUUUUGAGAGCACAACUUUAGGUCUUCGUGGCUUUUCUCGGAACCAUGGGCUGUACUGUAAGCGCCGAAGAUAAAGCGGCCGCCGAGAGAUCAAAAAUAAUUGACAAAAAUCUUCGUGAAGACGGAGAAAAAGCGGCUAGGGAAGUGAAAUUGCUCCUACUAGGUGCUGGUGAGUCAGGAAAGAGCACCAUUGUGAAACAGAUGAAGAUCAUCCAUGAAGAUGGAUACUCAGAAGAUGAGUGCAAACAGUACCGAGCAGUGGUGUACAGCAACACCAUCCAGUCCAUCAUGGCCAUCAUCAAGGCCAUGACCAACCUGAAGAUUGAAUAUGGGGAGCCUACCCGGGCGGAUGAUGCCCGCCAGCUGUUCGCCCUGUCCGCUACAGCUGAAGAGCAGGGGCUGCUUCCGGAUGACCUGUCCAACGUGAUCCGCCGUCUGUGGGCAGACAGUGGGGUACAGAAAUGCUUCACGCGCUCCAGAGAGUACCAGCUCAAUGACUCCGCUGCAUACUACUUGAAUGACCUGGAGCGGAUAGCCAGGCCGGACUACAUCCCCACGCAGCAGGAUGUGCUUCGGACAAGAGUUAAGACUACUGGCAUUGUGGAGACCCACUUCACCUUCAAAGAUCUGCACUUCAAGAUGUUUGAUGUGGGUGGCCAGCGCUCUGAGAGGAAGAAGUGGAUCCACUGCUUCGAGGGAGUGACAGCCAUCAUUUUCUGUGUGGCCCUCAGUGCUUAUGACCUGGUUCUUGCUGAGGAUGAGGAGAUGAACCGCAUGCACGAGAGCAUGAAACUCUUUGACAGCAUCUGCAACAACAAAUGGUUCACAGAGACAUCCAUCAUCCUCUUCCUCAACAAGAAGGACCUAUUUGAGGAAAAGAUCACCCGUAGCCCACUGACCAUCUGCUUCCCAGAGUACCCAGGGGCCAACAAAUACGACGAAGCUGCCAGCUAUAUCCAGACCAAGUUUGAGGACCUAAACAAGAAGAAGGACACCAAGGAGAUCUACACUCACUUCACCUGCGCUACUGACACCAAGAAUGUGCAGUUUGUCUUUGAUGCCGUUACUGAUGUGAUCAUCAAGAACAACCUGAAGGACUGUGGCCUCUUCUAAAGACACAUUUCAUACGAGCAGAAGGGAGAUCCGACACACCAUGACUGCACUGGUCAACGACGAUUCCUAUGUUCACGUGCUUUUUAAUUUUUUUUCUUUUUUUCAUUUUAAUAAAACAGACUGAGCACCUGAAAGCAUUGUCAGAUGUCAACAAUCACUGAUUCCCCAAAUAUUGCAUUUUUCUCUUCCCGUGUUGUCUUUUUUUUUUUCCUUUAUAUGUUGAAUAUUUAAUUUUAAUGGGGAUUCAUAUUAUUAUUGACAAUUUUUUUUUCCGUCUUGGUCCAUACUGCAGCAGUUCAGUGGUUUUUUUUUUUUUUUUUUAAUUAACAGAGGCAAAAAGUACUUUUUAUAUAUAUAAAUGCAUUUGCUUUACUUCAAGAUCGAAAUUUAUGAAAAAUCUAAUUGCAUAAAAUUUAUUUUUAAGACAACUGUGGGCAUCCAUUAAAAUUAGAUAAAUAAAAAUAAAGUGCUUUAUAUUGUUUACACAAAGUCCAGAUUGUUAGCUGAACUGCAUAUUGUACUGCAUGUCUAAUGAUAGCUGACUGUAUUAACUCUGUAAUGGCACAAAAUGUAACAUUCCUCCAGAAAAAUAAUAAAACUACAAAAAGAAUCUUCGCACCAGGGAAAAGAGAUUUUAACAGAUAUUUAAAAUAUAUGUGUACCUAAUUUUCCUUUUUAUUGUUCAAUAUAAUGUCUUUGGCAGUAUGUUUUGUGCCUUCUGUUUACAUUUUACAUAGGUUUGUUUUAUGAGUAGAGUUGACUUAAUUCACCUUCAGCCGUCGUCUUUGAUCUGUUUACAUCUUAGCUUUAUAUCAGUAGUUGUCGUCUUAAUUCACAUUCGGUCCAUUUCUAUCUUCUGUGUUCUUCACAUGACUGAAAAAAACAUGCUAAAAUAGUAAUUAAGAGACACAAUCUAACAAAAGUGUCUUUUGGUAAAAGUUAAUGAUUUUAAUUUAAAUAAAGCUGUGUCACUAGCGA